CUUAUAAAAGAACCUUUCUUCAAUCUUCAUGUACAAUUAAUCAUUUAACACACUAUAUAGCUUUCAGCUCUUACUAAGUAAAGAUGACUACAGUUCCAGCAUUAGCAGAGCUGAACUUUGUUGUGAUACCUUUACUUUCUACAAGUCACCUCAUACCCCUAACGGACAUGGCCAAAUUGUUAGCGCAGCAAGGCGUAACAGUCACGUUACUCACAACACCACGUAAUGCUGCCCAAUUCACUGCAUCAAUUGAUCGUGCUGUUUGCUCUGGACUACUCAUUCGGGUAGUGGAGCUCCAGUCUAAGGCUAAGGAAGCAGGACUGCCAGAGGGGUGUGAAAACCAUAAUGAUGUCACCAGUCUGAACUACCGAAGACAGUUCUUUGCUUCAAUCGAUAUGCUACAAGAACAAGCUGAGAAAUUACUUGAAGAGAUGAAGCCUAAGCCGAGUUGCAUUAUUUCUGAUGCGUAUGUUGCUUGGACAGCUGAUACAGCUGAUAAGUUUCAGAUUCCAAGAAUCGUUUUUGAUGGAAUGAGUUGUUUCAAUCAAAUGUGUAUGCAUAACUUGUACAUCAUGAGGGAUCAACACAAAAUUCCUGAAUCAGGGGCUUUUGUCAUGCCUGAUUUGCCAGAUAGAAUUGAAGUAACGAAAGCUCAGUUGCCUGGAUAUUUCAAACCACCAGCAGCAGUUUUCAUACAAGAUAUUCGUGAAAAAAUAAGAGCAGCUGAAGAAAGAGCCUACGGUGUUGUGAUCAAUACUUUCGAGGAGUUGGAACAAAGGUACGUCGACAAAUUCCGAGGACUUAAAGAUGGUAGAGUUUGGUGCGUUGGACCUCUGUCUCUUUGUAACAAUGACAAUCUUGAUAAAGCCCAGAGAGGAAAUAAGGCCUCGUUUGAAAGAGAGGAUAGUUUGAAGAAAUGGCUUGAUUCUUGGCAGGCUGAGACUGUUGUGUAUGCAUGUUUUGGGAGCCUCGGUAAUAUUACAGUUGUACAGUUUGUGGAGCUAGCUUUAGGCCUGGAAGCAUCAGGUUAUCCAUUCAUUUUAGUCAUAAAAACUGGGGAAGGACAAGCACCAAUAGAGGACUGGAUAUCGAAAAAUGACUUUGAGGAAAGAAUAAAAGAAAGAGGGCUUUUGAUACGUGGCUGGGCACCGCAACUACUAAUUCUAUCACACCCCGCAACUGGUGGGUUCUUGACUCAUUGUGGUUGGAAUUCAACUCUUGAAGGGAUUAGUGCUGGUCUGCCUAUGAUUACAUGGCCUUUAUUCGCCGAGCAGUUUCUGACAGAGAGAUUCUUAGUUCAUGUCUUGAAAAUGGCUGCGGGUGUUGGAUCCCAGUCACAUGUGCAUUUGGGCAUGGAAGAGAAGCUUGAGGUUCAAGUGAGCAACAAAAUGGUAAAGGAUGCCAUAAAAAAGGUGAUGGAAACGGAGAAAGAAGGAAAGGAGAUGAGAAAAAGAGCUAGAGAACUUGGAGAAAUGGCAAAAAGAGCUGUAGAAGGUGAUGGAUCUUCUCACCUGAAUGUGAAACUUUUAAUCAAAGAAAUACAAGAAUUCCACCUUAACCAAUCAGCUAAAAUGAUAUAUAAUGCACAAAUAUCCGAUGUACUUGUUUGAUUAGAAAAUGUCAGGAGUGUUGUUUAUGUUCAUGUUUGUGGGUAUUGAGUGUGUUUGGUAAAUGUAUUCUGGUAUUUGGUUGGUGAAUGAAAAAUAAAUCUAAAAGGCAUGAUUUCAUUGUUUACCUAA